GCUGCGUGCGAAGCGCACACGAGACCCGGAGCGGCGUCCUGGAGCCCAAUCCACCCCCAGCACCCCACCCCCCCGGCACCUCGCUCCGACUGACAACCAAGACUACGGACCAUCCGUUCCCCUCGGCUCGCUGUGGGACCCGCGUGGGACCCCCCUCUCGUAUCCCCUCGACCUCUCCCGGCUCCCACCCGCCGCCCCCUCGACGUGUGUGGCUUCAUUCAGUGCGGAGAUCUUGAGACAGAGAGAGAGAGGCCGGUCCCAGCUUCCCGUGCCUCCGCUUGGCGCUGCUGCUGCGUUUGUUGCUGUUCCUGCUGGAAUAUCGAGUUGCAUGGACGGUGGCGCGGGCUGGCGGCGUGCGUGGGGUGGAGCUGUGUGAAGGAGAGAAUCCGAGGCCAAGGUAGUUAGAGUCGAGAGACAGAGAGAGGAGGAGUGGACCCCGCGGACUCGCCACUGCCGAGGGCUUGAAACUCUCGCGCCGUCUGCGCGACACCGCAGCCUCACUCCACCACCUCCUCGUCCUCCUCGUCGUCAGCAACCUCAUCGUCAGUCGGACAUCCUCCCCCUGCCACAGCCGACGGACCACGCGCGCUUCCUGUGCCCGACCACCUGUUGGACUCUGCACGCCGCCCAGGUGCCGCCACCGUCGGAAUUCCGUCGGUGUGCGACACGGGGAGGAGGCUCUCGGCUCUCCAGCCCCGCGCCCCACGAAGCUUCAGCGGCGAAGAGAGAGGGAGAGAGGGCUCCGUUGGCCGUAGUUCAGUUGCCGCCGGUGGGAGCUGCUGUUGUUGUUGUUGCUGCUGGUGGUGGUUGGUGGUGGUGAUGGCGGAAAGGAUGCGGUGUGGAUGUACGAGCCGGCACCUCCUGCUACUCGCCUUCCUCCUCUUCUCGUCGGCGUGGUCCUCCUCCUCCUCCUCGUCGUCGUCGAGCGGAGGCGCCCACGCCUGCCCCAGUGUGUGCAGCUGCGCCGGCACCACCGUGGACUGCCACGGCCUGGGGCUGCGCGUCGUGCCCAAGGGGAUACCCAGGAACGCCGAGCGACUCGAUUUGAACGCGAACAACAUCACGAGGCUUGGCAAGACGGACUUCGCGGGUUUAAGGAACCUCCGUGUUUUGCACCUGAUGGAGAAUCAAAUCACGACCAUCGAGAGGGGCUCAUUCAACGACCUGAAGGAGCUGGACAGACUGCGUUUGAACCGGAAUCGGCUUCAGGUUCUGCCGGAGCUGCUCUUCCUGGGCAUGGACAAGCUCAACCGACUGGAUCUGAGUGAGAAUGCAAUCCGAGGAAUCCCAAGGAAAGGCUUCCGAGGCAUCCCAGAGGUCAAGAACCUGCAUCUGGAUAACAACCAGAUCAGCUGCAUCGAAGAUGGGGCGUUCCGAGCGCUGCGAGACCUGGAAGUGCUCACCCUCAAUAACAACAACGUCACGGCGCUCUCCGUGGAGAGCUUCAACAGCAUGCCCAAGCUGCGCACCUUCCGCCUGCACUCAAACAACCUGCACUGCGACUGCCGCCUCUCCUGGCUCUCUGAUUGGCUGCGUCUCAGGCCGCGCCUCGGCCUCUUCACCCAGUGCAUGGGCCCCGUGCACCUCCGCGGACUCAACGUCGCUGAGGUUCAGAAAAAGGAGUUCACCUGCGCCGACUACUCACGGGGCCAGUCGUGCAGCGCGUUCGGCAGCUCGUGCCCGUCCGUGUGCACGUGCAGCAACAACGUGGUCGACUGCCGCGGCAAGAGCCUCUCCAGCAUCCCCCACAAUCUGCCCAACGCCAUCACCGAGCUGCGCCUGGAACAGAACUCCAUCAAGAUGAUCCCUCCCGGAGCCUUCAGCCCCUACAAGAAACUGCGCAGGAUAGAUUUGAGCAACAACCAGAUCACCGAGAUCGCUGCCGACGCCUUCCAGGGCCUGCGGUUCCUCAACUCCCUGGUCCUGUACGGGAACAAGAUCACCGACCUGCCGAAGGGCCUGUUCAGCGGACUCUACUCCCUCCAGCUCCUGCUCCUCAACGCCAACAAGAUCACGUGCAUCCGCGUCGACGCCUUCCAGGACCUGCAGAACCUGCAGCUGCUGUCGCUCUACGACAACAAGCUGCAGACGCUGGGCAAGGGCACGUUCACACCUCUCCGCCAAGUCAAAACGCUCCACCUGGCCCAGAACCCCUUCAUCUGCGACUGCCACCUCAAGUGGCUGGCCGACUACCUCCACGCCAACCCCAUCGAGACGAGCGGCGCCCGUUGCGCCAGCCCCCGCCGCCUCGCCAACAAGCGCAUCGGUCAGAUCAAGAGCAAGAAGCUGCGCUGCUCCGGCACGGAGGACCACAGGGGCAAGCCCGGCGGGGAGUGCUUCAUGGACAUGAUGUGCCCAGACAAGUGCCGCUGCGACGGCACCGUGGUCGACUGCUCCAACCAGAAGCUGGCGCGCAUCCCCGCGCACAUCCCGCAGUACGCCACCGAGCUCCGGCUGAACAACAACGAGCUCAGCGUGCUGGAGGCGACGGGAAUCUUCAAGAAGCUGCCGCAUCUGCAGCGCAUAAACCUGAGCAAUAACAAGAUCGCCGACAUCGAGGCGGGCGCCUUCGAGGGCGCCGCGGGCGUCAACGAGCUGCAGCUGAGCGCCAACCGCCUCGAGAACGUGAACGGGGCUAUGUUCCGUGGCCUGCAGCACCUCAAGACGCUGAUGCUGCGCACCAACAAGUUGACCUGCAUCAACAACGAGUCGUUCACGGGCCUGGGCUCCGUGCGCCUCCUCUCGCUCUACGACAACCAGAUCACGACCAUCUCCCUGGGGGCCUUCGGAACGCUUCACUCCCUGUCCACGCUCAACCUCCUUGCCAACCCCUUCAACUGCAACUGCCACCUGGCGUGGCUGGGCGAGUGGCUGCGGCGGCGGCGCAUCGUGACGGGGAACCCGCGCUGCCAGAAGCCGUACUUCCUCAAGGAGAUCCCCGUGCUCGACGUCGCCGCCCAGGACUUCUCGUGCGACGGCAACGAGGAGAACAGCUGUCUCCCGGCGGCGCGCUGCCCCGCGGAGUGCACCUGCCUGGACACGGUGGUGCGGUGCAGCAACCACGACCUCAACGCCCUGCCCAAGGGCAUCCCCCGCGACCUCACCGAGAUAUACCUUGAUGGGAACCAGCUGACCAUGGUCCCGCGGGAGCUGGCCAACUUCAAGAACCUGAAACUCAUAGACCUGAGUAACAACAGGAUCAGCACCAUCGCCAACUUCUCAUUCGCCAACAUGAGUCAGCUGUCUACCCUGAUUCUCAGCUUUAACCGGCUGAGGUGCGUUCCACAAAAGGCCUUCAUGGGGCUGAAGUCACUCCGAGUACUAUCCCUGCAUGGGAACGACAUCUCCAUGGUGCCGGAUGGAGCCUUUGGCGACCUGACCUCGCUCUCACACCUGGCGCUCGGCGCCAACCCGCUGUACUGCGACUGCGCCCUGCGCUGGCUCUCCGACUGGGUCAAGGUGGGGUACAAGGAGCCGGGGAUCGCUCAGUGCAUCGGCCCCAGCGAGAUGGAGGGCAAACUCUUGCUCACGACGCCCUCCAAGCUCUUCGUCUGCCAAGGGCCUCCACCGGACGUGGCCAUCCUGGCCAAGUGCAGCCCGUGCCUGUCGGAGCCCUGCAAGAACAAAGGCAUGUGCAGCGCAGACCCCGUCGACUACUACCGCUGCACCUGCCCCUACGGAUACAAGGGUCAGGACUGCGACACGCCGAUCAACGCGUGCGUCACCGGACCCUGUCACAACGGGGGCACCUGCAACCUGCAGGACGGGCGAGACGACCGAUUCUGGUGCGCUUGUGCCGACGGCUUUGAGGGAGACCGGUGCGAGGUGAACAUCGACGACUGUGAAGACAACGACUGUGAGAACAACUCCACCUGUGUGGACGGCAUCAACAACUACACCUGCCUGUGCACGCACGAGUACACAGACAUAAAUGAGGUGGAGGAAGGUGACCUCUGCGAAGACCGCGUGAACUUCUGCACGCCCGACUUGAACCCGUGCCAGCACGACUCCAAGUGCAUCAUGACACUUAAGGGAUACAAGUGCGAGUGCGCCCCGGGCUACGUGGGCGACCACUGCGAGGUCGACUACGACGACUGCCAGGGCAGCAAGUGCCAGAACGGUGCUCCCUGCGUGGACGCCGUCAACGGCUACACCUGCAACUGCCCGCAAGCCUACAGCGGCCUGUUCUGCGAGGUGCCCCCGAUGGUGCUUCCCCGCGCCAGCGUGUGCCUGCAGCACGACUGCCAGAACGGCGCCGAGUGCAUCGAGCAGCACGCGUCGCCCGUGUGCCAGUGCCUGCCGGGCUUCGAGGGCGAGCGCUGCGAGAAGCUCGUGGGCGUCAACUUCGUGCAGCGCGACGCCUACCUGCAGCUGCCCUCGCCGCGCAACCGCCUGCACACCAACAUCAGCCUGCAGGUGGCGACGGACGAGGAUAACGGGAUGCUGCUGUACAACGGGGAGGGAGACCACGUGGCCGUGGAGCUGUACAGGGGCCGCGUGCGAGUCACCUACGACGGGGGCAGCUCCCCCACCAGCACGCUGUACAGCCUGGAGACGAUAAACGACGGGCAGUUCCACACGGUGGAGCUGGUGACGCUGGAUCAGAGCCUGAAGCUGUCGGUGGACGGAGGAGUCCCCAAGAGCAUCCCCGGGGCCAGCAAGCCGUCGCCCAUCGCCAUGCACAGCCCCCUCUACCUGGGCGGCAUGCCCAACGACAUCGCGGUGGCGGCCCUCAUGCAGUCGGCGGUGCACAACGGCACCGGCAGCUUCCGCGGCUGCCUGCGCCGCCUCUACAUCAACAGCGAGCUGCAGGACCUGGGCGAGGGGCGCGCCGGGGGCAGCGGGGGCGGCGUGCUGCCCGGCUGCCAGGCGUGCCAGCGUGCCGCCUGCCAGCACGGCACGUGCCGCCCAUCCGAGGCGCACCCGCUGGGCUACGUGUGCGACUGCCAGCCCGGCUGGGCGAGCGAGCGGUGCGACCGGCGCGUUUCGGAGCCCUGCGCGGGACACAAGUGCGUGCACGGGACGUGCGUGCCCACCGACACGCACUCCUACAGCUGCCGCUGCGAGCCGGGAUACUCCGGGGUCCUGUGCUCGCAGCCCGACCCCGAAGAGGGCGGCGUCGUCGUCGUCGCCGGGGUCGGGGUGGCGGGGGACGAGCUGCACAACCCGUGCCGCGCGCUGCGCUGCAAGCACGGCCGCUGCCGCCUCUCCCCGCCCGGCAAGCCGGUCUGCGAGUGCGCCAGCGGCUACACGGGCGAGCACUGUGACCGAGAGAGCCCUUGCAAGGAGGAGCGAGUCCGAGACUACAUCCAGAAACAGCGGGGCUACGCAGCCUGCCGCUCCGAGCGCAAGGUCGGGCGAAUAGAGUGCCGCGGGGCUUGCACGGGUGCCACCGGCGGCGCGCGCUGCUGCAGCGCGCUGCGCGUCAAGCGCCAGAAGUACGCGUUCCACUGCUCCGACGGCUCCUCCUUCCUCGACGAGGUCGAGAGGGUCCUCAAGUGCGGCUGCGCGCCGUGCGGGGCGUAGGUGCCGGGCGCCGGGCGAUCCACGCGUGCCCCCCCCCCCCACCCGCCCCCCCCCCUCGUUCGUCAUCGCCGCCACCGCCUCCCCUGCUUCCCCUCGACUCCCACACCCCCCACCGGCCCCGUGCAUCACCCACCACCCGCCCGGUAGCCUGCCUGCCGCCACCGAUCUGACCCCCGUGACCCCACGUGUGACCCAGCUGUACCGGCGCAGAGAAGUCCGGUCGAGAUUGCGGCGCCCGUCCGCGGGUCCGUCCGUUUGUCCUCCUGGGAGCCCGGCGAUGCCACGCACGCCCCCAUCACCACCACCCCUCCCCGCCCCCCAACGGGAGCCACGGGGAGGAUCUGCCGUCGCCGGUCACCGUAAAAAAAAAAAGUUUUUGUCGUGCUGUUCCUCGUCGUCAGCCUCGUCCCUGCGCCUCCCCGCACCCGACCACCCUGCCUCUCGAACCCUUCCUUCGUCGUUUGUGUCAUAGAAAUAUAUAUUUUAAAUUGUAUUGUGAGAUUAUUUUUUAAGGACUUGUUCUCAGUAUGGUAGUCGCAUAGCAAAAAAACAAACGGCAGCAGCAGCAGCAGUGGCGGCGGCGGUAAAGAGGAGUGCUGUGACGACGACCCUGGAGACAGAAGGCAGUGAAAUUGUGAGCCAGCAGGUGUUUCCUCGACAUGUCAAAUAUAAGUUUAACGGUUGGCUAUAACAAUAAUAUUAAUAACAUUAAUAAUAAUAACACGGUUAAGAGUACGAAGAAGAAAGGAAUAAAUGCUUGGAAAUGUUCAUCAAUUUUUUUCGUAAUUCUUUUUGGUAUGCCCCCCCGCCUGCCCGCCCGCCCGCCCGCCCGCCUGCCCCAUCAACCCCGUUCCUCCUGCUUCAAGAUGUCGUCGUUUCGUGACGUCCUUUCACUUCGAAGUGUUUUGGCGUUUUGAGCAUCUCGGGCCCUGGGGGCAUGCGUAUCGGAGGGGGGGGGGAAUGUGUGCCGCCGUUGUCCUUGAGUCGCGUGUGCCGUAGUUUCUUCCCUCGAUGUCGGCGCGACCGCCGUGCGCUGUUUUGCUGCUGCCUCGCUGGCGGUGAGGACAUUGGGCCCUGUGGAAGCGAAGCGGGGGGGGGGAGGGGGGUAAGGUGGGGGGGGGGACCCAGGCAGCCACACGCGAGUAUUCUCAACGAUUGUGGGGGGUGGAUUUGACGUGGGGUGAGGUGGGGAGUUCGUUUAAUUUUACAUGUACGACAUUUUAUUUUAUGUUAACAUUUUGGCUAUUAAAGUGAACUCGUUGCAUUAGACAUGCGUUAAUGAUACAGCAAGAACAAAUUAGCAAGGAAAGUUCUGGUUUGUUGCCAAAAUAACGUUAAGUGACAUUUGAGUCGAUGAGGCAACGAGGCUCCUGGAUGAUGGCUUUCCUGCUGCGUUUGUUGAAGCAGGAAAACCACGGCUCGGGUUUGACCUCUCUGAGUCUCAUCAGCAUGCUGCGGCUUUUUGAGCGUGUUGCUGGACAACGGUGGUCCGUGAGCCAUUGGUUCACAAGGCUAAUUGGUUGGCAGGCUUGAAUUGUAUUUCAUAAUAAAGACAGACGCAGUUACAUCGAAUUGAUAUUUUGAUAUGGAAGUGGAAAUUGUUCAUUCAACCCACAAAGAAUUCUAAAGUAGAAGGAAACUUCCCCCCGAUGCAUACAUUAUCACUGCCUUAAAAGUAUAGAAUGGGCUAAUACUUCAUGACAUGCUUCUCCUUCAGGGUUACCGAGAGGCCCUUAAAAGCUUUGAAGAAGGUUGACCUAAACAGUUUAGAAGUCACAUUUAUGAACAAUGUAUCUGAUCGCAGAUCUAGAGCAGCACAACCACGUUUCACAACAACUUUCUGCACAGUUGUUUUUUAUUGUAUGCGACACCGCCGUGUAAACGCGAUCUCCAGCUACAGGUUAGACCAGGGGUCGGCAACCAAAAUAACAAGAAGGGGCAUCUUUCGAAUUUGGUAAAACACUCACUAUUUCAAGAGCCGCCGCAGUGCAUACGAGAGCCGGUGAUGCUCCUUAACGAAUGACGUCACGAAGCAGCUCCUGAAGAGGAGCCGCACGCGGCCAGUGCCGGAUUAAGCUAGUGCGGGGCCUGCAGUAUAUGAUGUUAUAAAGGGGCCCUAAAUAAAAUAAAAACACAUAAAUAUUAAAACACAAUUUUUUUACUUGCAUAGUAAAGUAAGUGUAUUUUUUCAUUUGUCAUACAGCCGGAUAAUACGACAAAUCGCUAACCUUAAACACCCAGUCGUUUAUAAAACUUGAAGGCGGUAUAGUACUAUAGUAAUAGAGCAAGCGCAGAAUCACUGAACCUGAAUUGACAGCUUGAAAGCAUUUAGCGCGGGGCCCUUGAAAGUGCGGGGCCCGUAGCUACUACAUAUGUAGCAACUACAUAGCAUAUGAUGUUAUAAAUGUUGUAGCAGCUACAUGUGUAGCUACUUUUGCUACGAGGAUAAUCCGGCACUGCGUGUGACUCUAGAGCAGCAGUUUGCCGACCCCCGGGUGGUUAGAGGAUGCCUGCCAAGCCUUGGCUCUGAAGAAGGGGCCAACCCUUGUCAAUGUUUGUCUGUGCUAAGGCGGUGUUUGUGUCGAAUGCGCUGGAGCCUCUGAUUUGCGUACCGCUGCCAAAGCAGUUGCCGAUUAUUCAAAAAUGCAAUGCGGACAAUUGACCCCCCGGAAAGCCUCAUUGGGCCUCGAGACUUUCUGUCGAGAGGGUUCCGCUCGCUGUUUUUUGGAGAGUUUGGCCAAAUCUGUCCCACGAGUGUGCGUGCAUUCGUGCGGGAGGAAAUUUCAGAAGCUGCGACGAACCCCCCUUCCCCCCCGCAGUUCUCCAUACUCAGGGGGUGACACUCGGCAGCGUCACACCAUCGCCUGGUCACAGCCCGAAGAGCCGCGCUGAGAACAUCGUCCGGCAACGUCCCUGGGCUGGUGCACACCAAAUCUAAAGCAGCUCGCCCAGCUUUACAAAAACCCCCGUUAGGGCUGGGUGCACGGCAGGGUGGCCGAGUUGGUUGCGUUUGAAAAUGAAGAAUGCUCUCGCAUGUAGGGGCUGCCUGCUGGUCGAUCCACAGGGCUCCCAAAGGUUUAUCCUCUGCGCCAGCGACGAUCUGCAUUCAUAUCCUCGACAUGCUUACAGUUGUACCAUAGGUUAAAGAAGUAACACUGUUUUCAGUAUUAAUUUUGUAAUAUAUAUUUUUUUGGGGGAAUUAAAUGUUGUUAGAGAUAAUUAACAAAAAAAUAUCAAAAUACACGAACAAAAAAAACGAAAAAAAAGAAAAUACUUAACCUUUGUUAUCGUCGACGAUAUUUGAUAUAAUUGCUCUAUAUUGUGGGGGAAAAUAUACAGUACAUGAGUUCAGUAUUCAGAAUAUUAUUACGUGCUAAACAAAAAAAUAUUUAUUUACAGUAAGUGCUUGUAUCUAACUGUGCUAAUCCUUCUUCUACUCUGGCCCAUUUGCCUUGUGUUGUAAAAUAUAAUUUAUUUCAUGUCCGUAUUGUUUUAGACUGGCUAGUGCCGUAUUUAGGACAUUUGGGAUUAACUAACACAGUGCAUGGACCUCAUUAAAUUUCCUUCUUUCCUUAGCCACGGACUCCCA